CCAAGAAAUCUGACACACUCUACGAGGCUCUUUGCUCUCUCACUCACCUCCUCUGUGACUAAACCAUAGUGUACCAGAUUCCUCUCUCUCUCUCUCUCUCUCUCUCUCUAUAUGCUCUUUCAGUCUCCGUUCAUCAUUUCAAUAUCAGUUUUAGCCUCGCCAUCUCUGCAAAAUCUUUGUAUCAGAGGAGCCUCCCUUAAAAGCCUCUGAGACGCUCGGGUUCUAUUUUUUGUGGCCAACUCUUUCGCAUUCAUUGCUUUGAGUUUCAGCCCGUUGGGGUUUCCGUAUGGGUUUUCUUUUAUGAGCCCCAACCACUCCUACACUCUGGCUCUGCUGCUUUUCUGGCUCACCCUGCUAUGAAAACAACUACUCGUCUCUGUUUUUGGCUCUGAGCACUGUUUUGUGCGAACCUCAUAGUUUUACUCUGAAAGAAAGUUCAACGAUUUCCUCGCAUUUUCGCUAUCUGGGUCUUGUCUACAUCUUCAAAACCAAGUCUUCCUCAAGUGGGUUUUUCGUUUGCUGCAUAACGCACAUAUGCUUUUGGGAGCUGUAAUGCUAAAUGCUCUGUUUUUCCUCUGAUCAGUAAUAUAAGAGGUUCUGUUUGGUUACCAAGAAAAUGAGCGUAAUUUCAUGAGCUGGGUCCCAAAAUUUUCCGUCUAAAAUGGGUGGUGCAAACUCUAAAACCGAGAAGGACGAAGCUCUGCGUCUCUGCAGAGAGCGCAAGAGAUUCAUCAAGCAAGCAAUUGAUUCAAGGUAUGCUUUAGCAGCUUCUCAUGUAUCUUACAUCAACUCCCUUAGAAACAUUGGCAUUGCGCUUCGGCGAUACGCCGAGGCUGAGGUGUUGAUAGAGUCGUCUCUGUCAACAUCAGACAAGACCCCAUCACACUCCUCCUACCCUUCACCGUCACCAUCACCUAUGGCUGAGGCUUCUGACUCGCCUAUGCACAGUGAGAGACCCAUUUCGCCUCCUGUGGCGACUCUGAGUUAUAUGAGGUCAGGAGGUGGUGCUGCUGUGACUGUAAGGUUCAAUCCGCUUAGUAGUAGUUAUAUGGAUGACGAUAUUCCGUUGCCACCACCACCACCUCCUCUGCCUGAGGAAGAUUCUUCUUGGGAUUAUUUUGAUCCUGUUGAUGAGAGUGAGAGCUUUAGGUUUGUGGGAAAUAGUGGAGUGGAUGUGAAUUUUGAUGAUAUCAGAGGGUGGAGACAUGUGAGGGGUGAAGAAACUAAUCAUAGUGUGGUGGAGGAGACAAGGAGAUGGGCAAAAGUUGGAUUAGAUGGAAGUAAUGAACAUCAUGAAGGAAGUAAAAGGCUGAUAAUCGAGCAAAGGGCUUCCGAAGGUUCUGGUCAUUCAAUGACUCAAAAUGAUAGUGUAGAGCAUAAUGGCAAUUUGAAGAACUUGGGAGGAGUUGAUGGGUCUCUGCAAGCAGGUCAUGGUGAAGCGAGACAGUUAACUGUGGGACGUAAUGCCAAUGGGGCAGCUAGAAAUUUUACAGGCCAAGUUGCACUUGAGCAGUCUGGUUCGAAGAGAAGGGAGAAGGAUUUAUGUGCAGAAAGAGAGGACCCUUCGGAGUAUAUCACCCACAGAGCUAAAGAUUUUCUUUCAAGCAUAAAGGAUAUUGAGCAUCGCUUUUUCAGAGCUGCAGAAUCAGGUAGAGAGGUCUCCAGGAUGCUUGAGUCAAACAAAAUCAGGGUUGGGUAUUCAGAGGCAAAAGGUAGAUCAUCAGCUUUGGCUGUUGUCACUGCUUUCCAGAUUGUUUUCUGCCGUGGAAAGACUGCACUUGUUUCUCAUGAACCUACUCAACAUGCAACAAAAGUUAUUACCUGGAAGAGGACAACAUCUUCGAGGUCAUCUUCAUCAAGGAAUGCUCUUGCCACAGCAUCAAAAGAUGAUGUUGAUGACAGUGGAAGUGAUUUUGUUGAAGAGUUUUGCAUGAUUGCCGGAAGUCAUUCCUCCACUCUGGAGAGACUGUAUGCUUGGGAAAGAAAACUCUAUGACGAAGUAAAGGCAAGUGAAUCUAUUAGGAAGGUGUAUGAUCAGAAGUGUGAUCAACUUAGGAAUCAGUUUGCAAAGGAUUGUAGCAGUCAAGUUAUUGAUAAAACCCGGGCAGUUGUAAAGGAUCUUCAUUCACGAAUAAGAGUGGCAAUUCACGCUGUUGAUUUAAUAUCAAAGCGGAUUGAGAAAAUGAGAGAUGAAGAAUUGCAUCCACAACUUUUAGAACUUACUCAGGGAUUGACCAGAAUGUGGAAGGCCAUGCUUGAAUGCCACCAUGCGCAAUAUAUUACCAUCUCAUUGGCAUAUCAUUCGAAGAGCUCAACAGUAACUUCCCAAGGGGAUUCCCGCAGGCUGAUCAUGGCCCAACUUUUGGAUGAGAUUGAGUGUUUUGGCCUAAGCUUUGCAAACUGGAUCAACAGCCAUACGUCAUAUGUUGAAGCUCUCAAUGGUUGGCUACAUAACUGCAUCAUGCAACCAAGGGAGCGUUCCAAAAGCAGAAGGCCAUUUUCCCCUCGUCGAGUUUUGGCCCCACCUAUAUUUGUUCUCUUUCGAGAUUGGGCAGCCGGGAUCCAAGCAUUGCCUUCUAAUGAACUUACUGAUGCAAUCAGAACCUUCUUAUCAGAUCUGCGUCAUUUGAUGGCACAACAAGCUGCACAGAAAAACCAGAGGACAGCUGAUGCAAACAACGGAGAAUCAGAGAACAAAGAUGAUGAGAACAGCGAAGAAUCAUCUCCAAACCUGAGCUGCAUACAUUCGAGCUUGACAAAGGUUCUGGAUAGACUGACUAAAUUUUCCGAGGAAUCAUUAAAGAUGUAUGAAGAUAUCAGACAGAAAAGUGAAGCAGCUCGAAUUGCAUAUCUAAACUGCAGGCCCGUUAGAUACUGAGUUUAUGUAAUUAUUACAUAUAAGCAUCUCUUAAGUUUGUGAUUGGAUACAGGUGUGUAAAGUUGAACUAUUGCAAAGAGCUUUUGGGUUAGGAAAAGUGCAUACGAUUUUAGAACUGAAAUAGGAAGAGUUUUCUGCCAAAACUAGAAUGAAUAUUUUUUUUCGUGAUU